AUGUCGGGCCUGGGAGAUGAAGCGUCGCGCUAUGCGGCUGCUUCCUCACACAUGCUGCCCUUCUUCAGCUCAGUGGUUCAGGCCGCUCACGACGAUCCCAGAGCGCUCUGGUCCGCAUUCAGCAUGAUCAUCGUCUCGGAAAUUGGAGACAAGACGUUCUUGAUAGCUGCCAUCCUGUCUAUGCGCCAUGCGCGCAUCGAAGUGUUCAGCGGGGCCUUUAGUGCCUUGGCACUCAUGUCCAUCCUCUCUGCGCUGCUAGGAGCCGCGUUCCCAACUCUCCUUCCAAAGAGCCUCACCACACUGCUCGCCGCGGGACUGUUCUUGUUCUUUGGACUUGGGAUGUUGAAGGAUGCGAGCGGAAUGACGGGAGAUGAGGCGAAUGAAGAGUGGAGAGAAGCAGAGAGAGAGGUGAAUGAGGAAGAAGCAGGGGACAAGAUGGAAUUGAGGGAUCUCGAAGAAGGAACGAACAGCGAGUCAAGGACUGGCCACUUGGACGACGAAGCGCGGACGAGGGAGGAAGAAGCGUCUCAGGGCUACCCUCGCGUGCGGCCGUAUGGACAAGUCCAACCACCAGAUCGGACGCAUCCGAGCAACAAUCCGCCUGCUCGCUCAGCCGGCCUGGCAGAUCCAAAAGAAGGGCUCAAGAACCUCUGCGGGAUUUGCUUUAGUCACGUCUUCGCGCAGAGCUUCGUUCUCACCUUUUUGGGAGAGUGGGGUGACCGAAGUCAGAUAGCCACCAUUGCGCUCGGGGCGGCUCAUAGCGUCACAUUAAUCUCAAUUGGCACAAUAGCAGGUCAUGCUAUAUGCACUGGAGUAGCGGUCAUCUGUGGCAGCUGGCUAGCCCGGAGGAUAAGUGCGAAGCAUGUCACACUGGGCGGUGCAGUCCUCUUCCUCCUCUUCGGUGUCAUUUAUUUAAUCGAGUCUCUUCAUGAAUUAUUGUCGAGCGGUGUCGGGAUCUCAGCGGAAGGCAACAUCCAUCUACCAUCGCCUUUGAGUAGCACGAGCAGUGGGGCAGAAGAUUCGAUCGCAGCCGCUGCGGCUGCUCUGGGUGCAGCAGCGAAUGCCAAUGCAGCAGCACAAGCAGGUCAAGCUCCAGCGGCACCAAAUGGGCUUCAAGGCCACCAAGCUCAGACGAUCAGUUUCGUUCCUGCUGCGCCGAACGGUGCUGCCCUGGACCCAGUGGACCGUCUACCUGUAGAUGCUGGACAUGGACAUCUGCCGCCUGGAAGAGCACGAGAGGUUGUCCAACGAUAG